AUGUUUGCCCUGGGCUGCCAUUUUUCCAAUGACCUAGGACCGGAGCGAGAAGAGCUCGCCCGUUCGUUCUUCCAUCGCUCUGAACGCCUCGUCUGCCUUAGCUUUCUGAAUAUUGGCUCCAUAGGCAUCGUCCAGGUGCUCUUGAUCGUUGCGCUUUAUCUCCAAAGCACCUCGUACACCGGUCGGUGCUGGUUUUCAAUCGGGAUAGCGUGUAGGAUUGCGCAAGGGUUGGGCUUGCAUGAAGCGACGGUUCAGGAUUCAUCUACCCUCUUGGAGACGGAGAUCCGACGACGAACGUGGCAUGGAUGUGUCAUAAUAGAUCUGAUUGUUAGUAUGACUUUUGGUCGGCCCAGCAUGACUUCGCAUAUCCCACCGGUGCCUCUGCCGUCUACGGUCAGCGAUUCCGAAUUAUUGUCAGACUCUAAUGGCCGGGCUGGGGGUGUCGGUUACUCGCUCAUGACAUUCUAUGUGUCCACCAUAGAGCUCUAUGGAAUCCUGGACAGCAUUCUAGAAACGAGACAAUGUGGUCUGGAUAUCAUCAUUGAACUCGACAGCAAGCUCUCCGCAUUUGAAUCUAACCUGCCUCCGAAUCUGAGUUGGUCUGCUGCGACUGGAACUUUGGAACAUACAGAUUAUGAUAAUGCACGGGUUUUCGAACUGCAGAGGAACGUGCUGCACGCCAGCCUGACUAUUUUCGCAUCAGAUUCAUUCAUCUUCGUCUACUCCUCUACCGUCCCAUAUUCACUCGGCUAUGUUCCGAAAAUGCAGGAGAAACACGAUCCUCAACGCAGACGUCGUCGUCGUCGGCUUCCUCGAAAUCAGACGCCAAUAAAACCCUAA